AUGACGGGAAGGGGAUCUGUGGCACCGAAUGCCUCCAUACAGCAGACCACUGGAUUGCCACCUCAGGAAACAAAACAACAGCCUCCCCCGCCUGGAACGUCUUCUCAAGAAGCACACGAUGUCCGCUCGUAUGGUCCGGCCGAAGCCGUUGGCAGGCAACUGUCGUCUACACCACGGGGUAUUGGGGUUCAGAACAUCCUCAAUACGACCGAAGGUGAUUAUCAGGCCUCGGGCGUGAAUACUUUAUACGUACCAAAGACCAGAGGCGCCCGGGAACCGCCGCCUCAAAACCAACUGGCCCAGCAGUACCAAGCCCACGGACACUAUCCGCCAGCACUGACCGGAGCGACCACCGAAUCCUUCUUCGAGCGUCGCCCAGAGAAUCGAUUGCCUCCGCACGAGUUGGACCAGCGACUGCAAGCCCCAGUGACGCAGGCCGCCCAGGCCAAGAGACCCUAUGAGGAUGUUUCCUCCAGCGACUACCUGUCCGGCCCAGCCUCUAAGCGUUUGCCCAACAGUCUACCUCACACGCCGAAUCCUCCUGGCUACGAGCACGAGCCCAUCGAGGUGCAUGUCGAUACGUCACAGGGUUCGCGGAAGGCGAGCGAGAAACGCGAGCGCAACGCCCAGGCUUCGAACAGACACCGAGCCAAGAGACGUCAGAUGGCGCAGGAUGACAAGAAGCACAUCCAGCAGUUGCAGGAGGAGCAAGAAGAACUCGAGCGUCGCAUCCGCGAAUUGAUGGCUUUAGCAGACCAUUACCGAGCGGACAGGAACCGAUUGCGAGACAUUGUCCGUGCUACUCCAGUUAUUUCCGAUCAUGCAGCAGGACCGCCGAGUCCGCGGAUUACGGAGUAUACUAGCGGUGCAAGUCCAAUGCUACACCACGCACCGCAUGGUCCGGGCACAUUGCGAGACUUCAGAGAGCACAGCAGCGAGGCUUCGUCGAUGGAUCGCACUGUGCAGCGGCCUGUUAUGGAGGAUCGGCAAGAGCCAUAUGCGCAGCGCCAUGGAUCCACGACACCGAGCUCCUCCGCGGCCUCCCUGCCGCACGGGGCACCAUACAUGUCACUGCCUCGGCCAGAUUCUGCCUCGUCGUCCACAGGCAUGGGAGAGAGGCUCCCAUCGCUCAGGACGCUAGAAGGCCCGCCUCCACCGGUUGCGGAUGGCCGCGUGUGGGAACGAGACUUAGUGUUAGCCGACCUAUCGCGCUUGACAACACCCGGCAAGCCCGCCUCCAUGCAGAGCCAGUGA